AUGGCGGAGCCGCGCCGGGUGCCAUUUGUCAGCCUUUCCCCUAUGAAGCCGCGUGAUAGUGCAGGGACAAUGGUAGUGGAGCAGCAGCAGCGGAAUCCUUCGCUCCUAACUGCAACUCAGCGGUCGCAGCCAGCUAGGCCUCAAUUGACAAGCACGCAGCAGCAGCAGCCGAGGCCUCUGCAACAGACUCCUAGUCAGCGGCCGCAGCGUGAAGUAGCCGCGUCGUCCUCCAUGGUAGGGGAGGCUGGCUUUAUGAGCAGAGCAGAGGAAGACAAGCCUAGUGCAGAAGAGACGGUUAGGCUGGAGCUGGCCCUGUCCGACCCGACCGAUGAGAGUUGUGCAGAGUUCAGUUACAGGGAUUUGCUGCAAAGUGAGCAGAGACGGACUCGAGUUGAGAAUCCAGUACAGGUUAAAUUAUCAGAGUCUGUUGAUCCAUUUAAUGAUGAAGAACGUGAACGGCUUGAGGUAGAGAAGAUGGCCAGGAAGUUUGAAGCGAAAUACGGACGAAAAAGUCACCGUCAUCGCAAGGACCGCUUGCAGGAUCUUAUAGACAUUGGCUAUGGCUAUGAUGAGACUGAUCCCUUUAUUGAUAACUCUGAAGCAUAUGAUGAGUUGGUCCCGGCCUCACUAACUACGAAAUAUGGAGGUUUUUAUAUCAAUACAGGAACACUACAGUUUCGACAAGCAUCUGAUUCUGAAAAUGAAGAUUUUCUUGAAAGCAAAAAGCAGAAAUCCUCUAAGGUAUCACAUUUAAAAGAUGAUGAUCGGUCUAUUAAGAAACGCAAGAGAAAAGACGAUUUAUCAGAAAAGGAAAGGCCAUCACGAAAGUUGAAAGUACAGAAACCUUUGGGG